CCCUCUCCCUCUCGCCCCUUUGCCUCGCGACCCCUUUUCCUCCUCCGUCCCUCCGCGGCGUCUGCGUCAGGCCCUCACUCUCGUGACGCGCGGGGUCUGGGUGGGAGCUGUCCACUCGCCCGGGGUGCUGAAUGCAGCAGCGACGGCGGAGACAGCUGAGAGCCUUCUCCGCUCCAAGAACCUUGUUUCCAGUCCUCGGACGGUCAACUCACCGCCCCUCUACCUCCCUUCCAGCACCACCCCUUUGGGAACUGAGCCAGGGGGGCAGCAGUCGCGGCGGCGGGUGCUGAGCAACCGCGGAAGACGAGACAGCACCUGGCAGCAGCCUGGAAUCUGAUUUGCUUCCUUUCGCCUUUUAUAAGAGAUAUAUUUAUACACGGUUUUGGGGAGUCGCGAGGACCAAGCCGGAGCCAAGUGUUGGCUGCCUCCCACCUCGACCACACUGCUUCUUUCCCCCCUCCCCACCUUCAGCUGGCACAGCCAACAAGCCUUACCUCGUUGCUUCUGCGAGGAGAGGUAGCAACAGCGAGCCCAGCCAGCCAGAGGCGGCGGAGAGGAGGGAGGGGUGGGGGGUGGGGGCGCAGAGAGCCGGCAGAGGCUGCCCUUGGUGGGGGUAGCGGGGGCAGAGCUGCCGUGAAGACCCGGCAGCGGCCCUCCUCGGCCCCCACCCCUCCAGAAGCACUCUUUCCUGAUUAUUUGAGAACUGAGUUAUUAUUCUACUAGUAUUAUUUCAUUUUUUAUUACCGCCCUUCCUCACUCUCCAGCCGCCCCCACCCCUACGCCUGCCUCGCCUCUGGUUGCAUGGCAGCGCUGCCCGGGCGCGGGGGCUCAGGGCUGGCCCCCCGGGAAGGAGGAGGAGGAGGAGGAGGAUCAUGAAGCCGGGAGUCGCGGCCGCGCCGGACGGCGAGCAGCAGCCGGAGGACGAGCCAGAGCAGCCCCCGCCCCGGAGACACCCGGACGACGACGAGCAGUCGCCGCCGCCGCCGCCACAGCAGCAUCCUCGGCCGUGGGCAGAUCCGGAGCAAGAGGAGGAGGGCGACAACAGCCCAGAGGAGGAACAGGAGGAGAAGGCGAGGCCACUCACCCCAGACCUGCCCUUCUCCUGGCCCUUGCCCCUCGCCCAAAGGGACCUUUGAUGGAGCCAAGAGGAAGGGGCGGCCGAUUUACAGACUGCCGCAUGGGUGGGCUGGGGGCUGAGAUCAUGUAACUAUUCUUUCCUCCUGUCCCCCCCACACGCCCCUCUUCUCUACUCCUGUUCUCUGCUCCACUGCCUCCCACCCCCCAUGCACACACCCUUCCUCUAGCCAGGAUCUUAAUGCUCAGGAAGGAGGCGGCUCUGCAAGGGUUAAACCAUCUUCUCUUUUUUUCCCCUUUCUUUCCCCCUCCCCAGUCCCGUAUUUUCCCACCUUUAUUCUCCUAAUUGGCUUUUCCCUCUUCUGUGCAGCCCUUUGGCCACAGAGGCCAAGCACAAGCCUCUUGCCCAAUUUCACCUGAAUACCUUACUCCCACCCAACUGCUCUCUUCAAAGCAACUCUGGUGCUUCUGGGGGUUAAUUGCCCCAGUUUUCUGCCCAGGAGAAUUAAAAUUUCUCCCAACCUCCUGUCUUCCCUCACUUACCACCCCCCAACCUGCUACCUGAGUGAAACUAUCUUUUCUGUCUUGAACAUGCUGUCCUCAAUUGUUCACUGAGCUAGUUUGCCCUAAGCUUGGCUCAGCCCACUAAAAAUUUGAAAUAUAAUCUUCCUCACUCUUUUAUGUAAAAGAAAGAGAUUUUCCACUGCCUAGGAAUUUGAGAAGAACCCAAUAAUCCUCUCCUGGGGAAGUUUCUAACAAUUAGACCUUGAUCUCAAGGCCCUAACAGCCCAUCCUUAACAUUUUUUCUCUCUCCCUGCCCCUACUGGUGCCCCCAGGUCAAAGGCAGAAAGGAGACACUCUGAGCAAAACCUAAGGUUGGGGUAGGAGUGGGGGGAGGGGUCAAGAAAAACUUUUUUUUAUUGUUGUUGGACUUUCCAGGUAAGAUUCAGAAUCAGUGACUCACAGUUCUCAGUCCUGGGGGCAAUUUAUUUGCUACUUGGAGGGGAUGUAAGAAGAACCAGUGAGAAAGCAGACUCCCCCCAUAACACAGAUACACUGUGGACUCCCCAAAACCAUCCUAUCUUCUUCUGCAAAGACUCCAGCUGCCCCUCCUGGGCUCUCUGCUUCCACUGGGCACAUGCUGAUGCCCCUGAGUGGGCUGCUCUGGUGGUGGUGGUGCUGCUGCUGCUGUGCCUGGUACCCCUGUGGAUUGUGCGCCCCGGCUCCCCAGAUGUUGCGCCACCAGGGUCUCCUCAAGUGCCGCUGCCGCAUGCUCUUCAAUGACCUGAAGGUUUUCCUACUGCGGCGGCCCCCUCCAGCGCCCCUGCCCAUGCACGGGGACCCCCAGCCCCCCGGUUUGGCGGCCAACAAUAACACCCUUCCGGCUCUGGGUGCCGGGGGGUGGACAGGCUGGAGGGGCCCUCAAGAAGGGCUGGGCAGGGAGACCCCUCCUCUGCCACCUCCACCACCUUUGCCACCUUCUGUGGAAGAUGACUGGGGUGGCCCAGCCACAGAGCCACCUGCCUCGCUGCUCAGCAGUGCCUCCUCAGAUGACUUCUGUAAGGGGAAGGCUGAGGAUCGCUACUCACUGGGCAGCAGCCUGGACAGUGGCAUGAGGACCCCGCUCUGCCGCAUCUGUUUCCAGGGGCCAGAACAGGGGGAGCUGCUGAGCCCAUGCCGCUGUGAUGGCUCAGUCAAGUGCACGCACCAGCCUUGCCUCAUCAAGUGGAUCAGCGAGCGGGGCUGCUGGAGCUGUGAGCUGUGCUACUACAAGUACCACGUCAUUGCCAUAAGCACAAAGAAUCCUCUGCAGUGGCAGGCCAUCUCUCUGACAGUCAUUGAGAAGGUUCAGAUUGCAGCCGCCAUCUUGGGUUCCCUCUUCCUCAUUGCCAGCAUCUCUUGGCUCAUCUGGUCGACCUUCAGUCCCUCGGCAAAAUGGCAGCGCCAAGACCUCCUCUUCCAGAUCUGCUACGGGAUGUAUGGAUUCAUGGACGUGGUGUGCAUAGGUCUCAUCAUCCACGAGGGACCCUCCGUGUACCGCAUCUUUAAACGGUGGCAGGCUGUCAACCAGCAGUGGAAAGUGCUGAACUAUGACAAGUCGAAAGACCUGGAGGAUCAAAAGUCAGGAGGCAGGACAAACCCCCGGACCUCCUCAUCCACCCAGGCCAAUGCCCCUGCCUCAGAAGAGGAGGCCGCAGGCACCCCUGCCCCUGAGGAAGGCCCUGCCCGGGCAGCCAGCCACCCCUCAGGCCCUCUGUCCGAUCACCACUGUGCUUACACCAUCCUGCACAUCUUGAGUCACUUAAGACCUCAUGAACAGCGGAGCCCCCAGGGCGGCAGCCGAGAGCUCGUCAUGAGGGUCACGACAGUGUGAGAGGAGAGACCUGGAGGGGAGGCCGUGACCACACAGGACAGGGAGGGGAGGCCAGGCCGGGGCCAACGGGGCGAGGUCUGGGGAGCAGGUGCGGGGAGGCAAGGUGGCACCCAGGUGCCA